AUGGAUCUUGUCGCACGCAUUGACACUACUGCUGACGGGAAGCUGGAUUUCAAGUUGUACCGCUACACUCCAUCGCUACCCGGCGCCAUCGUUACAACUGUAGUUUUUGGUAUCCUGUCAUGUCUUCAUAUCUGGCGCUUCAGCAGAGCUCGAGCCUGGUACUUUAUUCCUUUUACAGUCGGUGGCGUCUCCUUAGAGGACGGAACAGAGAAAGGCGAUCCCCGAAUCGUAUCCCAUAAUAACAAGGAGUCGGUACCUGCUUACAGCGUCCAAGCUAUCCUGAUUCUUGUUGCGCCCGCCCUUUUCGCUGCCUCGAUUUACAUGAUUCUCGGUCGAAUCAUUAUUUCCCUCCGCGCACAGCACCUGUCACUUAUCCCCGUUCGUUGGUUGACAAAACUCUUCGUUUGCGGUGACAUGGUUUCAUUUUCUCUGCAAGCAGCUGGAGGCGGCAUUCAGGCCUCUGGCACUAUCAAGGCAUAUGAUCUAGGAGAGAAGAUUAUCAUUGUCGGGUUAUUUAUUCAAAUCGUCGUGUUUGGUUUUUUUGUUCUUACCUCAACGCUCUUCCACCGGCGUUGUAAAAAGAACCCGACACUAGCGGUUAGGCAACUUGCCUUCCCAUGGAAGCUUGACCUCGCGGUCUUGUAUACUGUCAGUAUCAUUAUCCUUGUUCGAAGCAUUUUCCGUGUCAUAGAAUAUCUGCAGGGUAACGAUGGCUACCUUAUCUCUCAUGAAGUCUUUCUCUACAUCUUUGAUGCUAUCUUGAUGGCGAUUGUUAUGGUUGUCUUUCUUAUAUGGUAUGUGGACCAUCUGCGGUACAAGGACGAAGACGGCUAUAAGCUUGAGAACUGUGGUGUUGACCAGACUAUGUCUGGUUAA